CCCCUCUCUCUCCCUAUCUCUAUCUCUCUAUCUCUAUCUCUCUAGAGCUGCAAUGGCAAUUGCAACAGAUACCCAGUUCCAUGUAUUGGCUGUGGAUGAUAGCCUCUCAGAUAGGAAGUUGAUUGAGAGGCUCCUCAAGACAUCUUCUUACCAAGUUACUACUGUGGAUUCUGGAACCAAAGCUCUUGAGCUUCUGGGCCUGCAGGAUGACCAAACAAACACACUAUCUUAUCCUACUAAUCAACAGGAAAUUGAGGUGAAUUUGAUCAUCACAGACUACUGCAUGCCUGGAAUGACUGGUUAUGAUCUUCUGAAGAAGAUUAAGGAGUCUUCAUCUCUUAAAGACAUUCCAGUUGUGAUCAUGUCAUCUGAGAAUGUGCCCUCCAGGAUUAAGAGAUGCUUGGAGGAAGGAGCAGAUGAGUUCUUUCUGAAACCAGUGCAGCUCUCUGACAUGAGCAGACUCAAACCCCACUUACUAAAGAGGAAAUCUAAAGACUGCAACAGUAGCAGUGCCAACACCUGCAAUGAAAGCAAUAAUGAGAGCAGUAGCAGCAAAAGAAAGCAAAUAGAUGAUUAUAUUCUACCUGAGAGGACAAGGCCAAGGCUCUUCUUUGAAAGAUAGGAUAGGAUUUGUAAUACUCUAAAAAUAGUUUCAAUUUUCUUUUCCCUUUUUUUAUUCUAAUCUUAUGUUGGUGGCUCUCUGUUCUUUUUUUCUUUUUUCUCUUUCUUUUUUUUUUUUUUUAACUUAUCUUUUAUAUGGAUUAGAUAUAGGGAAUAAGAAGGGGUAUAUAUGAAGACAGUGGUGUUGUGGGAAUCCAAUUUUGUGGUGCCUAAUAAGAAGUUAGAAAUGAAAAGAUCUGUAAAAUACUGGAAUCAUGGAAAGUUGCUCUGGAAGAGUGGCUUUUGGGAAAAGUAGUAGAUGCCUUCUUGUUCUGUGUUU